CUGGCUCGGGCGGCAGCGGUGGCUGCUGCGGAUGGGAGCAGGUCGGCUCGGUGCGCCCAUGGAGCGCCACGGCAGGGCCUCCGCCACCUCCUCGUCAGCUGGGAACCCGGCGCCCGGGGACUCCGAAGGGCGGCGGCGGGAGCCACUGCGGCGCCGAGCGAGCAGUGCGUCGGCGCCAGUGGUCGACGCCUCGGCGGAGGGCGUGAGGCGGGACCGACCCGGCUCCUACAGCGGCCCCACCUCGCUCUCCCGCCAGCGCGUCGAAAGUCUCAGGAAAAAACGGCCGCUUUUCCCAUGGUUUGGCUUGGAUAUUGGUGGAACCCUGGUCAAGUUGGUUUAUUUUGAACCCAAAGACAUCACUGCUGAAGAAGAAGAGGAAGAAGUAGAAAGUCUGAAAAGCAUCCGGAAGUACCUGACCUCCAAUGUGGCUUACGGGUCCACGGGCAUUCGGGACGUUCACCUCGAGCUGAAGGACCUAACUCUGUGUGGACGCAAAGGCAAUCUGCACUUUAUACGCUUUCCCACUCAUGACAUGCCUGCUUUUAUACAAAUGGGCAGAGAUAAAAACUUCUCAAGUCUCCACACUGUCUUUUGUGCCACUGGAGGUGGAGCGUACAAAUUUGAGCAGGAUUUUCUCACAAUAGGAGAUCUUCAACUUUGCAAACUGGAUGAACUAGAUUGCUUAAUAAAAGGAAUUUUAUACAUUGACUCAGUUGGAUUCAAUGGACGGUCACAAUGCUAUUAUUUUGAAAACCCUGCUGACUCUGAAAAAUGUCAGAAGUUACCAUUUGAUUUGAAAAAUCCAUACCCUCUGCUUCUGGUGAACAUUGGCUCAGGGGUUAGCAUCUUAGCAGUAUAUUCCAAAGAUAAUUACAGGCGGGUCACAGGUACCAGUCUUGGAGGAGGAACUUUUUUUGGUCUCUGCUGUCUUCUUACUGGCUGUACCACUUUUGAAGAAGCUCUUGAAAUGGCAUCUCGUGGAGACAGCACCAAAGUGGAUAAACUAGUGCGAGACAUUUACGGAGGGGACUAUGAGAGGUUUGGACUGCCAGGCUGGGCUGUGGCUUCAAGCUUUGGAAACAUGGUGAGCAAGGAGAAGCGAGAGGCUGUCACUAAAGAGGACCUUGCCAGAGCGACUUUGAUCACCAUCACCAACAACAUUGGCUCAAUAGCAAGAAUGUGUGCCCUUAAUGAAAACAUUAACCAGGUGGUAUUUGUUGGAAAUUUCUUGAGAAUUAAUACGAUCGCCAUGCGGCUUUUGGCAUAUGCUUUGGAUUAUUGGUCCAAGGGGCAGUUGAAAGCACUUUUUUCGGAACAUGAGGGUUAUUUUGGAGCCGUUGGAGCACUCCUUGAGCUGUUGAAGAUGCCCUGAUUGUUACCUGGGGGAAGGGUCCUGGAUGGAACCUUUCACAGUGGGAUCUGUGAACUUGGAUUUUCUAAGAGACUCACUUAGUUUUAUGAUUGUGUACUACCUGAAUCAAAGCAAGAAAAGACAAGUGUAUUUUUCUAAGCCAUCAAGAUAAAUCCAUAAAAAUUCAGUCUAAACUAGUAACCAAGAAAGAUACUGAGAACAACAAAAAAGUGGACCAUGUCCAGGCAGUGUGAGGAUUUGCUGUAUGUAAGUUGCUCUAUAGUACAGCACUGUCAAACCUGUGUAUUUCUGAAAUUUCAGCAUCACUCUCCGGAGACAUUUCAGGGGAGAGCUGUUCUGUGUUCAGCUGACUGGUUUUGUGUCCCUUUUGAACUUGCUAAAUGUAAGGCAAGCUGCUAUGUGCUGUAAUCUAAUCACAGUUUCGUCAAUAUGG